GCGGUGCGUGGUCGGUGGCGCGGCAGCGGGGUGGCAGCGGGGUGCGGAUUGCGAAUGCCGUGCAUGGACUGUAGCGCUGGCUAUGGCGGGAUCUUUGUCAUGUUGUUUGGCGGAGGAGGAGAGGGAGGAGGAGCAGGAGGAGGAGCGGGAGGACUAGCGGGACGAGCGGAAGGAGCGGGAGGAGCGGGAGGAGGGAUGGGAAAAGGAGCGGGAAAAGGAGGAGCGGGAGCAGGUGCGGGAGAAGGAGCGGGAGGGGAAAUGCGAAGGGGCGCAGGAACCACGGGAGGAGGAGCUGGAGGAGGAGGAGCGGCAGGGGAAACGGGGAGCAGGCGGGGGGGCAAACUGCGUUAUCGGAGCGUUGCUUUGCGGGGAUCAACG